AAAUCUUUCAGAAACAUGGAUCAAAGAUUUAUAAAAAGUGAUCAUGAAGAUGAAGAAAAUUGUAAAAGUAAGAGGGGAACCAGUGUAUCUCAGAUUAUGAAGGAGAACUUGAUCAUUAAGGAAAGUAACACUGGUGAAGAGGCGAAAGUUUCCAUUUUGGAGGAAAAUUUUGUGAGCAGAGAGGAAAAUGACAAAUACUCCAGUGAUCCUGAGGAGAAUGACUCCACCAGAAAUGAGGAUAAUGACUCUACCAAGGAUGAGGAGAAUGAAUCCACCAUGAAUGAGGAAAAUGACUCCAUCAGGGAGGAGGAGAAUGACUCCGCCAGAAAUGAGGAUAAUGAAUCUACCAAGGAUGAGGAGAAUGACUCCACUACGGAUGAGGUAAAUGACUCCACCAUAGAUGAGGAGAAUUACUCCAUCAGGGAAGAUAAGAAUGACUCCAUCAAGGAUGAGGAGAAUAUAUUGAGGGGAGUGAAAGAUGAUUUGAGUGUAGUUAAGAUUGUCUUGUUCGUGGAAACAAAGGACUUAGAUAUAAGGGAGGGAAAACAAGAACAUUAUCUUACCAAGAAGAUAUUAGAACAAGAGAAACAGAUUAACCAUUUCAAAUCAAUGAAAGAAAAAGAUGACAAAGAGAGAGUUGAUCUAAAUAUAAAGAUUUCUGAACUGGAGACACAGAUUAAUAAUGAGAAGGAUGAACAGAAAACAAAGGUUUCUGAAUUGGAGAAACAGCUAAAUGACGAGAAAGCAUUGAAGGAGACUGCAAUAAAAGCGAAAGAUGAUCUACUAGAAAGAAAUCUUAAACUGGAAAAGGAAAAUAAUGAUGAGAAAACAAUGAAAAAUAAAUAUGAGAAGGAGAAAGAUGAUAUUCUGGAUUUUCUGGCAAGAGAAGUCACUUGUUCUGUCUGUCUCAUGAUACCAAGAACUAAGAGAAUACCUAUCUGUAGGAAUGGGCACACUACCUGUGAAACAUGUAAAAGGUAAAUAUCUGGGGAUAAGG